AUGGACAGGCGAUGGUGUGAGCAGACGGAGACGAUCCAUGUGGAGGAGGAAGUGGCCCCCCGUAGGGAGGAUCUGGUGCCCUGUGCCAGCCUCUACCACUAUACCCGCCUAGGCUGGCGGCUGGACCUGCCCAGGAGUGGCCACGAGGAGCUCUCAGGGCCUCCAGCACCUGGGCUCUGUCGCAUAUACAAACCUCCAGAAACUCGGCCUGCCACAUGGAACCGAACACCCCUACCGGGGGCUGUGGGUCAGCUCUGGAGCCAGCGCCAGCGUUUCUCAGCCACCUGUGCCACCUGGUCAGGCUUCCACUACCAUACUUUUGAUGGGCGCCACUACCACUUCCUGGGCCAGUGCACCUAUCUGCUGGCAGGAGCUGCUGAUUCUACCUGGGCUGUCCACCUCAGGCCCAGGGACCACUGUCCACAACCUGGGCACUGUCAGCUGGUCCUGGUGAUAAUGGGCUCAGAGGAGGUGCAGAUCCAGGGUAGAGAUGUUUCUGUGAAGGGGCAGCUUGUCCCUGAUGGGGAGCCCCGGCUGCUCCAUGGGCUGAGCCUGCAGUGGCAGGGGGACUGGCUGGUGCUAUCGGGGGGCCUGGGGGUUGUUGUGCGGCUGGACAGGUCCAGUUCGGUGUCCAUCUCGGUGGACCAUGAGCACUCAGGACAGACGCAGGGCCUCUGUGGGCUCUACAAUGGCCGGCCCGAGGAUGACUUUUCCGAGCCAGGUGGGGGCCUGGCUAUGCUUGCUGCCACCUUUGGGAAUUCCUGGAAGCUCCCUAGCUCUGAGCCUGGGUGUCUGGAUGCAGUGGAGGUGGAUCAGGGCUGUGAGGGACCCCUGAAGGGCACAGAGGCAGGUAUGGAUGCUGGCCAGCUGCGAGCUGAAGCCCAGGAUGUAUGCCACCAGCUGUUGGAGAGACCAUUCUGGCAGUGCCAUGCCCAGGUCUCCCCCGAUGAGUACCACAAGGCCUGCCUCUUUGCCUACUGUGCAGGGGCUGCUCUGGGUCGCCAGGAGGGGCGGCAGGAGGCUGUGUGUGCCACCUUUGCCAACUAUGCCCAGGCCUGUGCCAGGCGACGCAUCCACAUGCUCUGGAGGAAGCCUGGCUUCUGUGAGCGUCUAUGCCCCGGGGGUCAGCUCUACUCCGACUGCGUCUCCUCCUGCCCCCGCAGCUGCUCGGCAGUGGGCCAGGAAGAGGAAGGGUCCUGCAGGGAAGAGUGUGUGAGUGGCUGCGAGUGCCCACCUGGCCUCUUCUGGGAUGGUGCCCUCUGUGUUCCUGCCUCCAGAUGCCCCUGCUACCACCGGCGCCAGCGCUAUGCCCCUGGCGACACUGUGCACCAGCUGUGUAACCCGUGUGUGUGCCAGGAUGGCCACUGGCACUGUGCCCAGGCCUUGUGUCCUGCUGAGUGUGCAGUAGGUGGCGAUGGGCAUUACCUCACCUUUGAUGGGCGGAGCUUCUUCUUCCGGGGCCACUCAGGCUGCCACUACAGCCUGGUGCAGGACUACGUGAAAGGGCAGCUGCUGAUCGUGCUGGAGCAUGGGGACUGCGACUCUGGGAGCUGCCUCCAUGCCCUAUCUGUCUCACUGGGGGAUACCCACAUCCAGCUCAGAGACUCAGGAGCUGUGCUGGUGGACGGGCAGGAUGUGGGAUUGCCCUGGAUUGGCACUGCGGGCCUCAGCAUCUCCAGAGCCUCCUCCACCUUUCUGCUGCUACGCUGGCCAGGAGUCCGUGUCCUCUGGGGAGUGGCUGACCCUGCAGCCUACAUCACCCUGGCCCCCCACCAUGCCCACCAGGUCCAAGGUCUGUGUGGCACCUUCACUUGGAACCAGCAGGAUGACUUCCUGACACCAGCUGGGGAUGUGGAGACCAGCACUGCUGACUUUGCUAGCAGGUUCCAGGUGGCAGGCAAUGGAAAGUGCUCCUCUGGGGACAGUGUCCUGCUCUUCCCCUGCAGCACACACUCCCAGCACCUUGCUUUUGCAGAGGCAGUCUGUGCCAUCCUGCAUGGCCCAGCCUUCCAGGACUGCCACAGGCUGGUGGACAGGGAGCCAUUCCAGCUGCGCUGCUUGGCGGCAGUGUGUGGCUGUGCCCCUGGCAGGGACUGCCUGUGUGCCGUGCUGUCUGCCUACGCGCACCGCUGUGCCCAGGAGGGCGCCCUGCUGUCCUGGAGGAACCAGACUCUCUGCCCUGUCCUGUGUCCUGGUGGCCAAGAGUACCAGGAGUGCGCUCCAGUGUGUGGUCACCAUUGCGGAGAGCCAGAGGAUUGUCAGGAGCUGACCGGCUGUGUGGCUGGUUGUAACUGCCCCCCUGGGCUGCUGUGGGACCCUGAGGGCCAGUGUGUCCCCCCCAGUUUGUGCUCCUGCCAGCUUGGAGCCCAUCGUUACAGCCCUGGCAGUGUCACCAUGAAGGACUGCAAUCGCUGCAUCUGCCAGGAGAGGGGCCUCUGGAACUGUACCGCCCACCACUGCGCCCUGCAGCGUGCAUUCUGCCCUGGGGAACUUGUCCAUGCUCCUGGAGCCUGCCUCCUCACCUGUGACAGCCCCAGUGCCAACCACUCCUGCCCCAUGGGCAGCACUGAUGGCUGUGUCUGCCCUCCAGGCACCGUGCUGCUGGAUGAGCGCUGUGUGCCUCCUGAUCUCUGUCCCUGCCGUCACAGUGGGCAGUGGUACCCACCUAAUGCCACCAUCCAGGACAACUGCAACACUUGUGUGUGCCAGGGCCGACAGUGGCAUUGCACAGGCCAGCUGUGCAGUGGAUGGUGCCAGGCAUCGGGUGCCCCCCACUAUGUGACGUUUGAUGGGCUGACACUCACCUUCCCCGGAGCCUGCGAGUACCUGCUGGUUCGAGAGGCCAGUGGCCGCUUCAGCGUCUCUGCCCAGAACCUGCCCUGCGGGGCCAGCGGCCUCACCUGCACCAAGGCACUGGCUGUGCGUCUGGAGAGCACUACUGUGCACAUGCUCAGAGGCCGGGCAGUGACGGUGAACGGGGUGAGUGUAACACCCCCCAAGGCCUACACAGGCCCAGGGAUGAGUCUGCACCGUGCAGGCCUCUUCCUGCUGCUGACCACACGCCUGGGCCUCACCCUGCUCUGGGACGGAGGCACCCGGGUCCUGAUACAGCUGUCCCCACACUUCCGGGGUCGUGUGGCUGGGCUAUGUGGAGACUUUGAUGGAGAUGCCAGUAAUGACCUGCGGAGUCGCCAAGGAGUCCUGGAGCCCACAGCUGAGCUGGCUGCCCACUCCUGGCGCCUCAGUGCGCUCUGCCCCGAGCCAGGAGACCCGCCACACCCCUGCACGGUAAACACACACCGCGCAGCCUGGGCCCGUGCCCGCUGCGGAGUGAUGCUCCAGCAGCUCUUCGUCCCAUGCCACACAGAGGUGCCCCCACAGCAGCACUACGAGUGGUGUGUGUACGACACCUGUGGCUGCGAUUCAGGGGGCGACUGUGAGUGCCUGUGCUCUGCCAUUGCCGCCUACGCAGACGAGUGCGCCCGGCAUGGGCACCAUGUGCGCUGGCGCAGCCAGGAGCUCUGCCCCCUACAGUGUGAAGGGGGACAAGUAUAUGAGGCCUGUGGCCCCACCUGUCCYCCGGCCUGCCCUACCCACGAUGCUGAGCCUGGAUGGCACUGCCGGGCCAUUGCCUGUGUGGAGGGCUGCUUUUGCCCCGAAGGGACUCUGCUGCAUGGAGGAAUCUGCAUGGAGCCAUCUGCCUGUCCCUGUGAGUGGGGUGGCAGCUUCUUCCCACCAGGGACUGUGCUGCAGAAGGACUGUGGGAACUGUGCCCCCUGUGAGGAGCUGGUGCCUGACUGUGCCGAAGGAGAGUCCCCCUGCCAGGGAAGUGGGCACUGUAUUCCACAUGAGUGGCUUUGUGACAACCAGGACGACUGUGGCGAUGGCUCAGAUGAGGAGGGUUGCGCCACCCCAGGCUGUGUGGAGGGACAGAUGUCAUGCCGCUCCGGCCACUGUCUGCCCCUGUCCCUGCUCUGUGAUGGGCAGGAUGACUGUGGAGAUGGCACAGAUGAACAGGGCUGCCCAUGUCCCUAUGACUCGCUGGCCUGUGCUGAUGGGAGCUGCCUGCCCCUCACCCUGCUGUGUGAUGGGCAUCCCGACUGUCCAGACGCCGCUGAUGAGGAGUCCUGUUUGGGGCAGGUGAACUGCAUCCCUGGGGAAGUGUCCUGUAUGGACAGCACUUGUGUGGGGACCAUCCAGCUGUGUGAUGGAGUUUGGGACUGCCCAGAUGGAGCCGACGAGGGGCCUGGAUACUGCCCGCUGCCCUCUCUGCCUGUGCCCCCAGCUGGCACCAUGCCUGGCCCCUCUACUGGCUCCCUGGAAGGUGCCUCAAGUCCACUGGGCAGUGCCAGCCCUGCACGGAGCUGCGGCCCCUUGGAGUUUCCGUGCGGCAGCGGCGAGUGCACUCCACGGGGCUGGCGCUGCGACCAGGAGGAGGACUGCGCCGAUGGCAGCGACGAGCUGGGCUGCGGUGGGCCCUGCGCGCUGCACCACGCGCCCUGCGCCCGCGGCCCACACUGCGUGUCCCCCGGGGAACUGUGCGACGGCGUGCCGCAGUGCCCCGACGGCUCUGACGAGGACCCAGACGCCUGCGUGGAUGGUGAAUGGAGCUCCUGGUCCUCCUGGUCUCUGUGCUCUGAGCCUUGUGGGGGCACCAGGAUGAGGCAGCGGCAGUGCCACCCACCCCAGAAUGGGGGCCAAGCCUGUGCCCUUCUGCCCGGGGGCCCUCAUAGCACCCGUCAGACUGAGCCCUGCCCUCAGGAUGGCUGUCCCAAUGCCACCUGCUCUGGGGAGCUGGUGUUCCAGCCUUGUGCCCCCUGCCCUCUGACCUGCGAUGACAUCUCUGGCCAGGCUAUCUGCUCACCCCACAGGCCCUGCAGCAGCCCAGGCUGUUGGUGCCCAGAAGGGCAGGUGCUGGGCAGUGAGGGGCAGUGUGUGUGGCCCCGGCAGUGCCCCUGCCUGGUGGAUGGUGCCCGCUACUGGCCUGGGCAGCAUAUCAAAGCCAACUGCCAGCUCUGUGUCUGCCAAGAUGGGCGGCCCCGGCGCUGCCGGCCCAACCCAGACUGUGCCAUAAACUGUGGCUGGUCCUCCUGGUCCCCCUGGGCCGAGUGCCUGGGCCCCUGUGGGAGCCAGAGCAUCCAGUGGUCCUUCCGGAGCCCCAACAACCCCCGCCUCUCCGGCCGAGGUGGCCAGUGCCGAGGCAUCCACCGCAAGGCUCGCAGGUGCCAGACGCAGCCUUGUGAGGGCUGCGAGCAGCAGGGCCACACACACCAGGUCGGGGAGCGCUGGCGUGGGGGUCCCUGCCGGGUAUGCCAGUGUCUGCAUACGGGCACCGUGCACUGCUCCCCCUAUUGCCCGCUGGGCAGCUGUCCCCAGGGUUGGAUCCUGGUGGAGGGAGUAGGAGAAUCGUGUUGCCACUGUGCCCUGCCUGCAGAGAAUCAGACAGUGCCUCCAACAGCCACUCCUGCCCCUGCUCCAGCCCCCAGUCCCCAGAUGGGUCCCCCUCUGGUCACCUAUGUUCUGCCUCCCCCAGGAGAUGCCUGCUACUCUCCCCUGGGCCUGGCUCUGCCCCCGGGGAGUCUGUGGACAUGGUCAAGGCAGCUGGAGCCCCCCACCUGGGCUGCCCUCCUGGGGGCUCCCACCAAAGGGCCUGGCCCCAGAGCGGGUGCUUAUGCUGAGUGGCACAGCGGGCCACCCUUCCUGCAGCUGGACCUGCUCCAGCCCCGGAACCUCACUGGCGUCAUCGUGUGGGGGCCCACCUCCUCCAGCCCACCUGGCAGCAGCUUCUCGCUUCAGUUCGGCACUGAUGGUCUCCACUGGCAGGACUACCGUGACAUCCUGCCUGGCACCUUGUCCCCACCCAAGGUACUCAAUGCCCAAGGCCUCUCAGGCCAGAACUGGGAAGAUGUGGCCUCCAAGGUGUGGGCCUUCAGCCGGAUGGUGCAGGCAAGGUACAUCAGGGUGUGGCCACACAGUGUCCCCCACAGCGACAGGCAGCCUGGCUUCUUCCUGUGGGUGGAGCUCCUGGGCUGUGAGCCAGUGUCCCCACCAGUGCCCCCGUGCCCAGGGGCUGGGCACCGCUGUGCCAAUGGUGACUGUGCUCUGCCGGGGGUGCCAUGUGACGGUGCUGCAGACUGUGAGGAUGGCUCUGACGAGGAGGGCUGUGGGCCCCUGCCUGUGGACACUGGCAGAGGCCAUUCCACAGCCAGGACCCCAACUUUCUCCACCCAGCCGGGACCACUGCCUCCCCAGCCUAGUGAGGGUCUGGCAGAGACUGACCGCUGGCAUCCCAAGCAGGGUUCGUCCAUGCCCCCCACAGAGAAGAGGCCAGUGAGCCCUGCCCCCGCCUCCAAAGCUCCUCACCCAAGUUCUGGGGAAUCCAUGCAGACGGGGAGCAACACUCCCACAUUGCAUGCUGGGUUUCAGAGCCUGACACCGGGAAUGGCAGCCACAACAGUGCUCCCCACACACCCCAUGAUUCCGAUGACCCCUGCUGGCCAGAGAGUUGCCCCCAGCCCCUUCCCGCCCGUGCGAUGCAGCCCCGGGCAGCUGCCCUGCCAGGUGCUGGGCUGCGUGGAGCCGGAGCAGCUGUGUGAUGGGAAGGAGGACUGCCUGGACGGCGAUGACGAGCGGCACUGCGCCAGUCCUAUACCCUUCAUGGUGCCCACCACAGUCCUGCCUGGACUGCCAGCCUCCAGGACUCUCUGCUCCCAGAGCCAGCUGAGCUGUGGCAGCGGGGAGUGCCUGCCCACUGAGCGUCGCUGUGACCUGCGGCCCGACUGCCAGGAUGGCUCGGACGAGGAUGGCUGUGUGGACUGUGUGCUGGCACCCUGGUCUGGCUGGAGUGGCUGCAGCCACAGCUGUGGCCUGGGCCUCACCUUCCAGCGCCGGGAGCUGCUGCGGCCUCCCCUGCCUGGGGGCAGCUGCCCCCUGGACCAGCUCCGCAGCCAGCCCUGCUUUGUGCAGGCCUGCCCAGUGGCUGGGGCAUGGGCGGAGUGGGAGAGCUGGGGACCUUGCAGUGUCUCCUGUGGGGGCGGCCAUCAGAGUCGCCAGAGGAGCUGCAUGGACCCACCACCCAAGAACGGCGGUGCACCCUGUCCUGGGGCCUCCCGGGAAAGGGCCCCCUGUGGCUUGCAGCCCUGCACUGGGGACACAGAUUGCGGGCUGGGCCGUGUGCAUGUGAAUGCUGAGCUGUGCCAGAAGGGGCUGGUGCCCCCAUGCCCACCCUCCUGCCUGGAUCCCGAGACCAACGGCAGCUGCACUGGGCCCUGUGUGGAGGGAUGCCGCUGUCCCCCGGGGCUCCUCCUCCAUGACUCUCACUGCCUGCCCCUCUCUGAGUGCCCCUGCCUUGUGGGUGAAGAGCUGAAGCCUCCAGGGAUGUCCUUCCUCCUGGACAACUGCAGCCAAUGCAUAUGUGAGAGGGGCACUCUGGUGUGCGAGCCAGGGGCCUGCCCUCAGCCCUGCGGCUGGUCGGCCUGGUCCUCCUGGACUCCCUGCGACCGCUCCUGUGGCUCUGGAGUGAGGGCCAGGUUCAGGUCUCCCUCCAACCCUCCUGCGGCUUUUGGAGGUGCCCCCUGUGAAGGGGACAAGCAGGAACUGCAGGUCUGCCACGUGGAUUGUGGGACAGCCCAGUGUCCAGAGGACAUGGUGUUCCGCUCAGCAGAGCAGUGUCACCAGGAUGGGGGUCCGUGUCCUCAGCUGUGCCUAGCACAGGACUCUGGGGUGGAGUGCACAGGCUUCUGCACCCCCAGCUGCACCUGCCCACCUGGUCUCUUCCUGCACAACGCUAGCUGCCUGCCCCGCAGCCAGUGCCCCUGCCAGCUGCACGGGAAACUCUAUGCACCAGGAGCAGUGGCUCKCCUGGACUCCUGCAACAAUUGCCGCAGCUGUGAUGUAGGCAUACGACGGCGCUUCCGGGCAGGCACUUCACCCCCCGCUGCCUUUGGGGGUGCUGAGUGCCAGGGCCCCAACAUGGAGGCUGAAUUCUGCAGCCUGCGGCCAUGUCGAAGUCCUGGUGGGGAGUGGGGUCCCUGGGCUUCCUGCUCUGUGCCCUGUGGUGGCGGCUACAGGAAUCGCACCCGAGGCAGUGGCCCACGAGUCCUCAUGGUGUUCUCUACCUGCAACCUGCAGCCCUGCGCAGGCCCGGAGGCUGAGGAGGAGCCAUGCCUCCUGCCAGGGUGUGACCGUGAGUGCCUGCCUGGUGCCGUAGCCAACUCCUCCCCUGCCACCCAGGAUGCCCCRUCCUUGUGGACACCUCCCACCGCCACCGUGCUCCAACUGCCCUGGUUCUCCACCAAGCCCUUCCAGAUUCCUUCCUCUGAUGUCCCCCAGGGGCAGGAGGCUGGGGGCCUUGGGGGCCCUGGUCCAGCUGUAGUCGGAGCUGUGGGGGUGGCCUGCGCAGCCGGACCCGAGCCUGUGACCAACCACCACCUCAAGGGCUGGGGGACUUCUGUGAGGGGCCUCAGGCCCAGGGAGAAGCCUGCCAGGCUCAGCCGUGCCCAGGUACCUGCCAGGGAGGGGGUGACUGACUGCACUGCCAUUGAGGGGGCCCAGUACAGCCCUUGCGGCCCUCCCUGCCCCCGCUCCUGUGAUGACCUGGUGCACUGUGUGUGGCACUGCCAGCCUGGCUGCUACUGUCCCCCAGGCCAGGUGCUGAGUGCUGAUGGGACCCUCUGUGUGCAUCCUGGUCACUGUGGCUGCCUGGACUUGCUGACCGGGGAGCGGCACCGUCCAGGCGCUCAGCUGGCCAGGCCCGACGGCUGCAACCACUGCAGCCCACUCCACUAUCCCCUGCCUGGCCCCUGGGCCUCUGCCAACGGGGCCAACCUGAGGCUGCAGGAGGGGAAGGGGAAGGCCCCCAUCCCAGGCUGUCCUGUCUCCUUGCUGAAGGACAUGGGCACCGUGGGGUGGGGGAUCCCCGAGAAUCAGAGCCGGUCAGCAGGCUCUGGCCUCAGCUCCUGGGAGAGUCUGGAACCUGGAGAGGUGGUAACGGGGCCGUGUGACAACUGCACCUGUGUGGCGGGCGUCCUGCAGUGCUGGGAGGUGCCCAGCUGCCCUGGGGCUGGUGUGUGGGGCCCCUGGGGCCCCUGGGAGGACUGCAGUGUUUCCUGUGGAGGAGGGGAGCAGCUGCGCUCCCGGCACUGUGCCCGACCCCCCUGCCCAGGACUGGCCCGCCAGAGCCGCACCUGCCACACCCAGGUCUGCAGAGGGCCUGCUUGUGUCCUGCUGAGCACCCUACUCAGGAAGGUGGCUGAUCCCGAGUGCCCCUGCAUGCUGACAGCCUUGCUGCUUCGGGAGCUGGGAGCCAGCAGCACUGAUGCCGGGGUGCACGCAGCCUCUCUGGGAGAGGAGGGUCAGCCCCUCAGGCCCGGAGAUGAGCUGAGUCCAGGCCAAAUGUUUCGAAUGGGCUGCAGCAACUGCUCCUGUGCCCACGGGAAGCUGUCUUGCUCCAUAGAGGACUGCCCUGAGGCCCCCAGCUUCAGCCCGUGGGACCCGUGGGGCCCCUGCUCCCGCUCCUGUGGCGGCCUGGGCACCCGCACACGCAGCCGCCAGUGUGUGCACCCCGCACUUGCUACUGGUGGCCAGGGCUGCCAAGGGCCCCGCCAGGACCUCGAGUACUGCCUCAGCCCGGACUGCCCUGGUAAGAAAGCCAAGGGGGGCUUCUGGAGGAGACCCCAUGUGAAGGGUUUGGAGGGGUGGCUGGGGCCCCUGGGCGCCGUGGUCCCCCUGCUCCCGCAGCUGCACGGACCCCACUCACCCUGCCUGGCGCAGUCGGACCCGCCUCUGCCUGACCAACUGCACUGUGGGGCGACCCUCCCAGGAGCGCCCCUGCAACCUGCCCUCGUGCACAGCUGCGGGGUGGGCCAACAGCGCCGCCUACGAGCAUACCGUCCCCCAGGACCGGGUGGACACUGGUGCCCCGACAUCCUCACGGCUUUCCAGGAGCGUCGCUUCUGCAGCCUGCGUGCUUGCCCAGUGCCCGGGGGCUGGUCGCGCUGGAGCCCCUGGUCCUGGUGUGACCGGAGCUGUGGUGGGGGCCGAUCCCUGAGGAGCCGAAGCUGCUCGAGCCCCCCACCCAAGAAUGGGGGUGCCCCCUGUGUGGGGGAGAAGCACCAUGCCCRACUCUGCAAUCCCAUGCCCUGUGAGGAGGGCUGCCCAGCAGGCAUGGAGCUGGUCAGCUGUGCCAACCGCUGUCCUCGCCGCUGCUCAGACCUGCAGGAGGGAGUCCUGUGUCAGGAUGGCCAGGCCUGCCAAUCGUCCACAUCAGGCUCGUGGGCCCCGGAGUGUCAAGAGGAGCAGUCCCAGAGCCAGCCCUGCCCUCAGCCUCCGUGCCCACCCCUGUGCCUCCAUGAGGGCCGUGUCCGCACCCUGGGGGACAGCUGGCUGCAGGGAGAGUGCCAGCAGUGCUGUGGCUCAGGCCUGGCCUCCCGCUCCGGGUCCUGCCCCUGCCUGCCCGCCGAGGCAGAGCCCACAUGCAACGGCACUUUCCCACACCUGGACACGCAGGCCUGCUACGCGGGGCCCUGCCUGGAGGAAUGCCUGUGGAGUGGCUGGAGCAGCUGGACGCGCUGCUCAUGCCAGGUGCUGGUGCAGCAGCGCUACCGGCACCAGGGCCCAGCACCUGGCCGCAUGGCAGAGGGCCCCCCCUGCACCCGCCUGGAUGGCCACUUCCGGCCAUGCCCGACUGGCAACUGCUCAGAGGACAGCUGCGCACCUCCCUUUGAGUUCCAGGCCUGUGGCUCCCCCUGCGCCGGGCUCUGUGCCACACACCUGAGCCGGCAGCUCUGCCAGGACCUACCACCUUGCCAGCCUGGCUGCUACUGUCCCAAGGGGCUGCUGGAGCAGGCUGGGGCCUGCAUUCCCCCAGAGCAAUGUAACUGCUGGCACAUCUCAGAAGAGGGAGCUGAGGUGACACUGGCCCCUGGGGACCACCUGCAGCUGGGGUGUAAGGAAUGGGCUUCUGCCUCUGAGCAGCUGGUCCGAAUGGUCACCCUGUGGGCCCUGCCUGCCCCGAAGUGCCCUGACCCGUACGUCCAGGACUACCCUGGAGGAGCACUGGCCUCCGAACACAACAGGCCUCUGGCCACCCUCGACAUCCCUGCUGGUUUCGGAGCAGCACCGCCACCGCCUGUGUUUGGACCCUGA